CCGAAGGAUUGGACCAUCCAUAAAAAUGGCUAACCCUCGGCUAGACACGGUGUAACCAGCAGGGCAACACGGGUCGGUAGUCCGGUGGAUAUAUAUGGCUAGGGUUAUACUAGCACUCGUUGUCAUUCUGGGUCUAGCCGUACUCAUUACUUGGCUAGCAAUCAAGCCUAAGAAGCUCGAUUACACAAUUGAAGAUGCUUCAGUCCACUACUACAACCUGCACAACAACCAUCUCAAUGGCUCGUUUGAUUUCCUCAUAAGAGCUCAUAACCCAAACGGUAAGCUCUCCAUAAACUAUGACUCAAUCGAGGUCUUACUGGCCUAUGACGAUCAAACCAUUGCGUUCAAUACUCUUGAGCCCUUCCAUCAACCUCACAAGAACGUGACUCGACUAAGAGCAAACCUUGUGGCCCAGGACAUAGCGUUGUCGCAAGGCGCGGCUCGGGACAUGAGGCUUGACAAGGCAUCGGGAGAGGUUGAAUUGUAUGUCAAGUUUAAGGCAAGGAUCAAGUUUAAGGUUGGAGUGUUCAAGUUGAGACAUCAAACAUUGAAGGUCUCAUGUUCCCCAGUCUUGCACUUCUCUAACUCUAGCACUUUCGAGAGGACUUAUUGUCACACCAAUCAUUAAUUUUCUUCUUCUUUUUUUGGUGUGAUUUAUAUACUAAUUUUUUGUUUGUUUUAUUUUAUUUUAACAAAACACAGCCAAAUUGAACCCCAUUCUAUAUGAGAAAUUUCGGAUACAUGAAUCCUUCGUCCCACAUUGGACAAUUUGUUGUUUGUUUUAAUUGGGGACUAUGGUUUUUGUCUAACCUCGAGUUUG